AUGCCGAAGCCAGUUGCAAUCAUUGCCGGCGCAGGGCCGGGAACAGGCGGUGCUGUCGCCCGCCGGUUUGCAAAGGCCUACCCUGUGGUUCUGCUUGCUCGAUCGCAACUAUCACUCGACCCCUUGGUUCACGACAUCACGCAGAGUGGAGGCUCUGCAAUUGGCAUACCUACCGACGUGACCAGCUCCUCGAGUAUGAGUUCGACAAUGGAGCAAAUCAAGACCAAGUUUGGUCCUGAUCUUAGCAUCGCAGCAGCGAUCUAUAACGUUGCAAGUAAAUUUAUAAGAAAGCCUUUCCUGGAACAAAGCCCAGAAGAGUUCCUAGAGAGCCUUGAGCCGUCCAUUAAGGGUGCAUUCAACUUUGCUCAGGCCACACUGCCCUUGAUGUUGAAUGAAAACAGAGGACAGUAUCCACCCACCCUCAUUUUCACAGGUGCAACGGCUGCACUUAAAGGUAGCUCUGGACUAUCUGGGUUCGCCAUGAGCAAGUUUGGAAUCCGUGCUCUGUCUCAGUCUCUCGCGCGUGAAUUCGGGCCCAAAGGCGUUCACGCGUCCCAUGCUAUCAUUGACGGGAUCAUUGAUACCGAGAAGACUAAGGGCUACAGUCAAGACAUCCCGGAUUCGAAGAUUGAUCCUAAGUGGAUUGCGGAAUCGUAUUGGUUUUUGCACACCCAGCCCAAGACUUCAUUUACUCAUGAAAUAGACCUCAGGCCGUAUUCAGAGAAGUGGUAA